UCAAUAUAUCUUCGAUGGUACUACCGUCACUGGAACAAAUUGGCUCAAUGAAUGAAAUAAUUCACAUACUUCGUUAGAUUUAAUAAUUAUAGGGAAGCCUGCCAU